GCCCCGAGAGCCCCCCCACAGCAGCCCCCCGCCCCCGCAGGUUCAAGUGCGGGCUGCCCCGGCCCUGCCCCCCCUCCCACUUCGCCUUCCGCCUCGUCAGCGGCGCCGCCAACGUCAUCGGGCCCAAAAUCUGCCUCGAGGACAGGGUCCUGAUGAGCAGCGUCAAGAACAACGUGGGGCGGGGGCUGAACAUCGCCCUGGUGAACGGUGUCAGCGGGGACCUGAUCGCAGCCCAGGCCUUCGACAUGUGGGCGGGAGACGUCGAGGAGCUGCUCAAGUUCCUGCGGCCGCUGCACGAGGGGACGCUGGUGCUGGUGGCCUCGUACGACGACCCCGCCACCAAGUUGACGGAGGAGACGCGGCGGAUUUUCGGGGAGCUGGGCAGCGCCGUGGCCAAGGAUUUGGCUUUUCGGGACAGCUGGGUGUUCCUGGGGGCCAAGGGGGUGCAGGACAAGAGCCCCUUCGAGCAGCACGUGAGGAACAGCCGCAGCUCCAAUAAGUACGAGGGGUGGCCGGAGGCGCUGGAGAUGGAGGGGUGCGUCCCCCGGCGACCCCCAGACCCACGGUGACGCCCCACAUCCCCCCACACAUAGGGGGCACCCCCAAAUGUUUGGGGGGGGGGGUGGGGUUGGGGGGCAGGGCUGGGUCCUUGUCGUUCCCCCCCCUCCCCCCCAAAGUUGUGGUUGUUGGUUUGUGUCGUGUGCCCCCCCCCCCCAAUCAGUGGGGUGAGAAAUAAAAGGCUGGGCCGG